CUGAUUGGUCGAGGCAUUAGCUCUUUGUGAGGUACUGUUAUUGUCGAAAUUGAGUAAUACAUAACACACACACGAAGUGAGAUAUAUUCUUGUUUCUAGGCCUAACCACAAGCGAUAAGAUGUACUCAAGAAACCUUGUCCUCGGCAGUCAAAAGCCUCGCGAUGGAAUGGAAGAGAGCCUCGUUCCUAAAGAGAAAGCGGCAUCAAAACAGAAGGCUGUUGACAUGGUGACAGUAUUCGUCCCGGAAGCUGUUGCAGACAACCAAGUCUAUUGCAAAUCUGUGACUUCAAUCAUGUCAAAACAAGACUACCAAAACUAUCUCCCUGUCUACCGCCCGCUGACGGAGCCGUUGACACCGACUGCCGAAAAUGGUCGCCCAUGCUACGUGACUUUCCUCUACACGUUCCUGGUGAUACUGUUCUUUCUGCUGCUAGCGGGAAUAUCAACGUGUAUUUACCUGGCCGUCAAAGAGGAAUGAUCUAAUUUGUUUGCGAAGAAACCGUGAGUGACCCAAGCAUUGUCUUAUGUGAUGAUUGUGAUCAGGAUGACGUCAUUGAAGAAUCUCGAGAGUGAUGGAAAAAUAUUCUUUUACUGAAUGGCUUCUAACAGAUACACAAUUGCAUGAAAUUUUGUGAGAAUGUUGAACUUUUGAAUGGUACUUGUCGCAAGUACAAUAACAUGGUUGUUAUACAAUGGAAGAAGGCGAAACCAAGAGGUGUUCCGAAUUCUGUUUUUGGUAAUGUUCUUCAGAAUGAAGAACUUAGUGCUGUUCUGAAUACAUAAUCAAGGCAUCUUCUGAAUGAACACAAUUUCGUGUUUUCCGAAUGAACAGUUUAUUCGUAUGGUUUUUCAGGAUGGAUUUUGGUGUUGUUAAGAAUCAAAACAAUGUUUCCACGAAUGAAUAAGAAAGGUGUUAGUCAAGGUGCCAAAGUUUUGCCUUUACAGCAUAUAACAUGUUUAUUUUGUGUUCACAAAAGAAUGUGGAAUUUGUACAUAUACGUUUGGAUAUGUGAAUAUUUUCUAUUGGUGCUGACUUUGUAUGGGAACAAAGACACAAAUUGCUGUACCAUUCAAAUUAAUUGUUUGUAACUUGUAACUUUGGUACACAUAUAUACCUACAUAUAAUGAUGGCCAGUAUUAUGUGAACGCAGACACAUCUGUCUCCGUCAAUAUGUGAAACACUGUGAUAUUAAAUUUAAAAAAAAUGUUCCAAAGUGACCUUUUGACCUUGGUCAUCAAAGGGAGACAAUCCUUGUCACAAAAGUCCCAUUUUGCGUUGUUAGAGUAUUUUCAUCUGGUAGUUAGUAUCCAUUCACUCUCACUGUAUAACUUUUAGCAAUUUUAGCGUACGGUUUAUUUGAUGAAAUUUAUGUUAUUCAAGAGGUUUCAUGUGUGACCAGAAUAAAACUACAUGUAUUCCUAAGAAA